CGUGUCUCAACAUGUUUGCUGUAACUCUAGCUCUAUUGUCCAUGAUUGGGUUGGUUGCUGGACAACCAGUCACUCUAAAGCCACACAUUGUCAUGAUGCUUGUUGAUGACUGGGGCUGGGCUAAUGUAGGAUACCACCGGAAUCCACCAACACGUGAAGUUGUAACACCAAACAUUGACGAUUUGGUUAAACAAGGUCUUGAGCUCAAUCAGCAUUAUGCUUAUAGAUGCUGCUCUCCUUCUCGCUCUUCUCUCAUCAGUGGAAGGCUACCAAUACAUGUCAGUGAUCAAAAUAUAGCACCAACUAACUACAAUCCAAAUGAUCCAAUCUCGGGAUUCUCAGCUAUUCCACGUAACAUGACUGGUAUUGCUGAGAAGAUGAAAGAAGCUGGGUAUGCUACACAUCAGGUAGGCAAAUGGGAUGCCGGAAUGGCCACACCAGACCACACACCAAAAGGACGAGGAUUUGAUACUUCAUUUGGCUAUUUUCAUCAUUACAAUGACUAUUAUACUGAGGUAGUUGAUUCAUGCAAUGGCACUGGAGUGGUUGAUCUAUGGAAUACUGACCAACCAGCUCAUGGUAUUAAUGGGACUGGACCUGACAAAUAUGAAGAGGCUUUGUUUAGGGAGAGACUCCUUGACAUUGUUAGCAAGCAUGACCCCAGUACACCACUCUUCUUAUAUUAUGCUCCUCAUAUUGUUCAUACUCCAUUGCAAGUCCCUGAUGAAUACUUGAAUAAAUUUAGUUUCAUUGAUGACAAGGAUCGCAUGUAUUAUCAUGCCAUGGUCAAUUAUCUUGAUGACGUUGUGGGUGAUCUUGUUUCUGCUUUAAAGAAAAAAGGAAUGUGGGACAAUCUUCUUUAUGUCACAAGUAGUGAUAAUGGUGGUCCUGUUUAUCCUUUUGGAGGUGCUAAUAACUAUCCAUUAAAAGGAGGGAAGCUAAGUGAUUGGCAAGGUGGCAUACGUGUCAAUGCUUUUGUGUCUGGAGGACAUUUACCAGAAAAAAUGCGAGGGCAGAAGACUGAUGGGUACAUACAUUUAGCUGAUUGGUAUGGUACUUUCUGUGCUAUUGCUGGUGUUGAUCCAACUGAUGAGAAAGCUGCCAAGGCUAAACUACCUCCAGUAGACAGUUAUAACAUGUGGCCACUAAUAUCAGGUCAGACUGAUGUAUCUCCACGGACUGAUAUUCCAGCUAGCAUACAGGCACUGAUAAGUGGAGACUUUAAGAUAUUAGUAGGUGAUAUUGGUCAAGCAGGUUGGACUGGACCUCAAUAUCCUAACAAGACAAAUCCUGCAGGAGGAAUACUUGCAACAGAGAAAUGUGGUGAUAGUGGAUGUCUUUAUAACAUAAAAGAUGAUCCAGAGGAGAGAAAAAAUCUUGCUUCAUCUAUGCCUGAUAAACUGAAAGAGAUGCAAGAAAAGUCUAAGAAAUAUUUAGCUACUUAUUUUAAUCCUGAUCGAGGCCAUGCAUCUCCACUUGCAUGCCAAGCUGCUGUUAAUAAGUAUGGUGGUUUCUGGGGACCUUUUGUUGACUGAGCUAUUAUAGUUAAUUAAUUCAUUGAUUGCUAUAAAUUAUGCUAAUGCUAUUUAUUAUGCUGUGUUGUCAAGUCUACACAAGUGUCACAUUGGGUGUGUCUCAUGAUUAUGCU